GAGUAUCGUACCGUGUGUCCCACGUCGUCUCAAGAGCACCGGUACUCAACUCGUCAGCAGAGAGCGGAUACUUCGCGCAACCCCCACGACACGAGACAGCAAUCGAAGCGCGAGUUCUCACCGGCCUCAGCACACCACCGCUUCCGUCUUGUCAGUCGGCAUUAGAACUUCGCAAUGGCGCUGAGUGCGAUACUCCCGACACCCAGCCAUGCGCUGGCAUUGCUACUGCUCGCGCUGGGAGGAUAUAUUGUGCGCCAGCGGUACUUCCACCCGCUCAGCAGAUUCCCGGGACCUUUCCUCGCCAGCCUUACAGACCUCUGGAAAUCCUAUAGCGUGUACACGGGCAAAUGCCACACGAACGACUUGGCUCGACACAAGCGGUACGGUCCGGUAUACCGGGACGGCCCCAAUAGCUUGUCGUUUGCGGAUCCCAGAUGUCUCCCCGCGAUCUACGGAGCUAGGGGGAACGAAGAGUUCAGGAAGGCAAGCUGGUAUAAUGUCUUCCCGCAGCCUCCAGGUGGCGCCGAGGUCAUGCUGGUGAUUAGGGAUCCAGAGGAACAUAGAAUCGUAAAGAAGCGGAUGAAGCCGUUGCUUACCGUGCAGAAACUUUUGCCGUAUGAGGAGGCUAUUGACGAGGCUGUUACCGACUGGGUCAAUAAACUGGGGAAGUUGGGGACCGUCGAUCUAGGCCUGUGGACCCAGUAUCUUACCCUGGACGUCAGCGAGCUUGUGUCAUAUGGAAGCCGCAAAGGAUUCAUUGAACGAGGAGAGGAUGUGGAUGAUUAUAUCAAGACCAUAGACGCAGGUUUCGUGGCAAUAGGAAUCACCGCUCCCUCGACGCUCCUGAUCAACCUAACCCAGAAACUCACGGCUCUGCUGGCCCUUCGCAAGCCGGACACCGAAUAUAAGGGCGGUUUCGUGGACAUGAACAAUCGAGCACAAGCUGCUGUUUCCAGUAUCAUCUCAGGCGCCGCCAUUGAUAAUACAUCAACCCUCGUCCACGGUCUCAUGUCAACGCUCCGAGACGUUGACCCAGUAUACGCGCGCAGCUACGCCAUCAACGAGAUGAUGUCGGUGCACAUCGCGGCCUCGCACAGCACCUCGAUCGGGCUCACCGCCUCCCUCUACAACGUUCUCAAGCACCCGUCAGUGCACCGCAAGCUGCUCGUGGAGAUAACCUCCAGCUCUCUCUCCUCGCCCGUCAAGUUCCAAGAAGCCCUGGCCAUGCCCUACCUCAACGCCGUAAUCCGCGAAUCCCUCCGCCUCUACCCAGCGUUCAUCUGCCCAUGGCCGCGCAUCGUCGCCGACAACGGCACAGGCGGGUACGAGAUCAUCCCCGGCGUAUUCGUGCCCGCAGGCACCACCGUCGGCGUCCCAGCGUACGUCUCCAACCGCAACGUUGACGCCUUCGGUCCCGACGCCGAGGAGUUCCGGCCCGAGCGCUGGCUGCCGCUCGACGGCGAGCGCGCAAAGGAUAUGGAUAAUAUGAUGUUCACGUUUGGAUUCGCCAAUAGCAGCAGGAUGUGUGUUGGCAAGAAUCUCGCGCUCAUGGAGAUCGCGAAGGGCGUUGUUGAGGUGCUGAGGAGGUUUGAUGCCGAACUGGUGGAUAGGGCGGUUACCCUGGAAAUGCUGGAUACCGCACAUGUGCAUUGCUCUGUCGAGCAUUUGUUGGUUAGUUUGACGCCAAGAUGAGGGGGUUGGCUGGCGGAGGAGGUUUUUGGGAAGAAGAGAAUAGAGAACCGUGGCAAUCGUCGCCAAGGGUGAAAGGCGUGG